AUGAGCCCCCGCACGGCCAGGACGCUCUUCGCCGCCGUCACCCUCCUCCAGCUCGCCCGGCUGGCGCUCUCCUGCCCCGCCGCCUGCGACUGCCCCCUGGAGGCGCCCAAGUGCGCCCCGGGAGUCGGGCUGGUCCGGGAUGGCUGUGGCUGCUGUAAGGUCUGCGCCAAGCAGCUCAACGAGGACUGCAGCAAGACGCAGCCCUGCGACCACACCAAGGGGCUGGAAUGCAACUUCGGCGCCAGCCCCACCGCUCUGAAGGGGAUCUGCAGAGCUCAGUCGGAGGGCAGACCCUGUGAAUACAACUCCAGGAUCUACCAGAACGGGGAGAGUUUCCAGCCCAACUGUAAACACCAGUGCACAUGUAUCGAUGGCGCCGUGGGCUGCAUUCCUCUGUGCCCCCAAGAACUUUCUCUCCCCAACCUGGGCUGUCCCAACCCCCGGCUGGUCAAAGUGAACGGGCAGUGCUGUGAGGAGUGGAUCUGUGACGAGGACGGUGCCAAGGACCCUAUGGAGGACAGGGAUGACCUCCUGGGCAAGGGGCCCACAUUCGAUGCCUCCGAGGUGGAGUUAACAAGAAAAAACGAGUUAAUCGCGUUUGGAAAAGGCGGCUUCCCGAAGCGGCUCCCUGCUUUUGGACAGGGCCCUCGCAUCCUGUACAACCCUUCUCUGCACGGCCAGAAGUGUAUCGUCCAAACAACUUCAUGGUCCCAGUGCUCCAAGACCUGCGGAACUGGUAUCUCCACACGCGUUACCAAUGACAACCCUGAAUGCCGCCUGGUGAAAGAAACCCGGAUCUGUGAGGUGCGGCCUUGUGGACAGCCCCUGUACAGCAGCCUGAAAAAGGGCAAGAAAUGCAGCAAGACCAAGAAAUCCCCAGAGCCGGUCAAGUUUACUUACGCCGGAUGUUCGAGUGUGAAGAAAUACAGGCCCAAGUACUGCGGCUCCUGUGUGGACGGCCGCUGCUGCACGCCCCUGCAGACCCGGACGGUGAAGAUGCGCUUCCGCUGUGAGGACGGGGAGAUGUUCUCCAAGAACGUCAUGAUGAUCCAGUCCUGCAAGUGCAACUACAACUGCCCGCAUGCCAGUGAGGCCUCGUUUCCCUUCUACCGGCUGUUCAAUGACAUCCACAAAUUCAGGGACUAG